UGAUGAUGAUAUGGCCGAAGUUUGGCUUUAAAUUCCCAGCCCCUCACAAACUCCCACCAUCAUCAGUACCAGCGCGCCGUGGACAAUUCCAUCCCUAUGGUCACCGUGCCCGUCGCCGCUGCGGGCCUUAUCGCGAUGGUGCACUUGGGGGCGGAGGAGCUGGCCAGCCGAUUCUCUGUGCUCAACCCAGUGCACCUGUUUUUGGCAUGUUUCUUCCCGGCCGCAGCGGCCAUCGUCUACCUCAUGCUGCGUCCGCGCGCGGUGUACCUCGUCGACUACGCCGGCUUCUGCACCCCGUUUAACUGCCGCGUCCCCUUCGCCACUUUUCUCGAGCACGCCAAACAACAUCCCCAGCUCAACGAGCGCAGCAUCUGGUUCAUGACGCGGCUGAUGGAGCGCUCGGGGAUCGGGGAGGAGACCGGUCUGCCCCCGGCGCACCACUACGUUGGGACACACAAAUAUUGCAGCGUAGACGCCGCCCGCUCUGAGUUCGAGCUUGUGGCCUUCUCGGCCAUCGACGACCUGCUAACCAAGACCGGCAUCGCCCUGGACACCGUCGACAUACUCAUCGUCAACUGCAGCUUGUUCUGUCCCACGCCCUCGUUGGUCGACAUGAUCAUAAACAAGUACAAGCUGCGGAGCGACAUCCGUGGCAUGCACCUCGCCGGCAUGGGAUGCAGCGCAGGGAUGAUCUCCGUGGGGCUCGCGAGGAACCUCCUUCAGGUUGCUCGCCAGGGCGCGCACGCGCUCGUCAUCUCCAUGGAGACCAUCACACCAAACUACUACCUCGGGACCGAACGCGCGAUGCUCCUGCCCAACUGCCUCUUCCGCAUAGGCGGGGCGGCAGCGCUGCUGUCGACAUCAUCGGCAAAGGCCCGGUUCCGCCUAAGGCAUGUCGUGCGCACCCUCACCGGCGCCGAGGAUAGUUCGUACCAGUGUGUGUUCCAGGAGGAGGACCGAGAGGGCCACCGGGGGAUCAACCUCAACAAGGACCUGAUGAACAUCGCCGGCAACUCGCUCAAGGCCAACAUCACUGCAAUGGGCCCACUCGUCCUGCCGGCCAGGGAGCAGCUCAUGUUCGCCUUCUCCUUCAUCGCACGGAAGGUGAUCGGCAAGAGAGUGAAGCCGUACAUCCCGGACUUCCGCACUGCCUUUGAGCAGUUCUGCAUCCACGCCGGUGGCCGCGCGGUCAUCGACGAGCUGCAGAAGAGCCUUAGCCUUUCCGACGAGCAGGUGGAGGCAUCACGGAUGACGCUGCACCGGUUCGGAAACACGUCGAGUAGCUCGCUGUGGUACGAGCUGGCCUACAUCGAGGCCAAGGGCCGCAUGCGCAAGGGCGACCGCGUGUGGAUGAUCGGCUUCGGAUCCGGAUUCAAGUGCAAUAGUGCGGCAUGGGAGUGCAUCGAGCCUGCACGCAACGCGCAUGGAUCGGGGCUUAGGGAGCGGCGGCGCGCCACUGGUCGGCCAACUGCAGCUCGUCGAGGAUGGCCUGCGGAGGGAGCGGCGGCGGCGGCCUGCAGAGGGAGCGGCGGCAGCCUGCAGGUCCGGUGCCGGGUGACAACGGCGGCAGCCUGUGUAGGGAGCGGUGACGGCGGUGGUCUGCGGAGGGUGCGGCGACGGCAGCGGUUGCCUGCGGAUGGAGCGACGGCGGCUGCCUGCGGAGGGAGCGACGACAGCGGCAUGCGUAGGGAGCGUCGACGGCGGCGGUCUACUGACGGAGCGGCGACGGCGGCAAUUGCCUGCGGAGGGAAUGACGGCGGCUGUCGCCUGCGGAGGGAGCGGCGGUGGCCUGCCUAGGGAGCGGCAACGGCGGCGGUUGCCUGCGGAGGGAACGACGACGGCUUCCCGCGAAGGGAGCGGCGGCUGCCUGCGAGAGGGGAGGGGAGGGGGGACGAGGGAAAGAAAGUUAAGAGCUUUUAUGCUUUAAACCCAAACAGUGAUGCCACGUAAGCAAAAAGGGGGCCCACUUGUCAUAAACGUGCUGAAACGAGACUAAUCCACCUAUUAGUGGUUUUUACAAAAUGUUCACGAGAGAGGUGGUGAUUUUGUCAAAAGACUGUAACCUAGUGUUUUCUGAUGACCCGGCCCUCAAACUGGUGGUUUUCUGCAAUUUACUCUCCGAAUUUCACUAGACCUUUAGUUUUCCUAAUAAUUCAUUCAAUUUACAUGUAAUUUGUACACACCACGGAGAAAAUGAGAAUUUGUGCAUUUUGUAACCAUAGU